AUGUUUAUGAUUAUCAAAACAAAAGGAAUUAAACUAGUGAUACAUAAUAAUGGCCCACCAUCCCACUCCAUUAAUUGGGAUGAAUCUAUAAAUAGGAGGAAAGUUCUUCUUCCUUACAGUCAUAAUAAAAUGAAGACAACAACGUUAGUUGGGGUGCUAUCCCUCUGUUUUCUUUUCUCUGCCAUCAUAGCAAAGCCACUUUUUGCGAUCACGGGAAAGGAUGAUGAGGGGGAACCGGUACUUGACAUAAAGGGUGAGGAGGUUCGCACAGAUAGCAGCUACUACAUGGUGUCAAUAAUUUGGGGGCCUGGAGGUGGUGGCGUGUCAAUGGCUAACGUAAGUGGUUGUCCCCUCGAUGUUAUCCAGUUGUCAUCAGAUCGAGAUUAUGGCAAGCCUGUAAGGCUGACUCCUCUAAUUGAGACUACAGGGGAUGUGGUUCGUCAGUCUACCAAUCUCAACAUCAAAUUCUCCACCUCCACGCCAUGUAAUGACUCCACUGUGUGGAGGGUCAAUCAGUAUGACGAUAGCACCAAGCAAUACUUUAUCAGCACUGGUGGGGUGGAAGGAAACUUGUGGCCCGAAACAAUAUUCAGCCGAUUCAAGAUAAUCAAGAUCAACUUCUUUAACAAAUUAGUUUACUGCCCUUGGAUGUGCGCCGUAUGUAAAGACAUUGGCUAUGAAUUCUUAGUUCAGCCACCAAGCAGCUUUAAUGAGCUUCACUCUGCAGUUGCUUGCCUAAAUUACUAUUGA